CCUAUUCUUUCGGUGCAACAGGGAUUGGGGGGUGUACUUUUACUGUAACGAAUUUGUUAAGAGAUGUGGACAGUUUACCCAUACUAACCGUUACCGAAAGUCAGUUGUUUCUUUACACCUUCUAGGUAGAUCAAUGCAGUGCAUUGCAGCGCAGUGCACUUUGUGGUAAUUCGCACGCCUCCAUUCUUUCUUUCGACCAUUAGAGUCGCUGGAACUUUAUAUUCCUUUGUACGAUAAUCAGUCUAUCGAUACUCUUAAUCCUGCGUCUAUCGUACAUACAGCUAGCGAGCGCAUUUGCCCAUCUACCCAAGCCAUACCCAAAACUUCACCAUGGCUGCCCACCAUCGUUCUCCCCCGGGCGAGUCCUGGUUUGCGCCGCUCUCGAUCGACCUCGUCCUCAAGGUGCUCUAUGUGACCUUCUUCCACCCCUUUGUGGCCUGGAUCGUGGUGCUGUGCUUCCGCGCCCAGCACAUGGAGUACGAUGCCAUGCCAAUGCGCGUCACCAUGGCCUACGCGACCUUCGUCACCGUGUGCUGGACCCUGGCUGCCGUCAACCGCCGCAUCGCAUUCGGCAUGCCCCGCGAGGUCGAUCUGGACGAGGAGGUCAUUGUCAUCACCGGCGGUGCCAGCGGUCUGGGCCUCCUCAUCGCCGAGGUUUAUGGCAUGCGUGGCGCGAGCGUCGCCGUCCUCGACGUCAAGGACAUGGAGAAUGGCGAGUCGCGUGGCGUGAACCACUACAAGUGUGAUGUGACGGACAAGGCUGCCCUCAAAAAGGUUGCGGCGCAGAUUGAAGAAGAACUGGGUACUCCUACCGUCCUGAUCAACAACGCAGCUAUCGUCAACGGCAAGCCCCUCCUUGAGAUGGAGAUCGAAGAUAUUGAGCGCAGCCUCUCGACCAACCUCGUCUCCCACUUCUACACCCUUAAGACCUUCCUUCCGGCCAUUGUACGCGGCGGCAAGGGAGGAACCAUUGUGACAAUCUCGUCCGUCAUCGGCCAACUGGGCUGUGCGCGCCUAACCGACUACGCCGCCGCCAAGGGUGGCGUGAUCGCCCUCCACAAGUCCCUGACAGCCGAGCUGAAGCAGUCGCACCCGGACAUCCGGACGGUCCUGGUGACGCCCGGUCAGCUCAGCACGCCGCUCUUCUACGGCGUCAAGACACCCAACAGCAUCAUCGCCCCCAUCGUGGAGCCCGUCGAGGUCGCCAAGGAGAUUAUCAGCGCCAUUGACAACGGAAAGGCCGACCACAUCGGCAUGCCAUUUUACGCGCGCUGGUGCGACUGGUACAAUGUGCUGCCGGUCAGCCUGCAGAUCCUCGCCCGCAAGGUCGCGGGCAUCGACGGGGCGAUGGAGACAUUUGUCGGUCGACAAGGCGCCAAGAAGGAGGUUUUGCUCGAGGGUUUAUGAGUCACCAAAUAUCUGAAGAGAGACUGAACGCAUUUUCUGCGUAUUUGAUUGUGUAUCCCUUCUCGUCCAUUUUUUGUACAACCGCAUAGACCGAGAUAAAGUACAUGUAAAGGUCAACUGAAAUGUUUUUUUUUUCUUUUCGACCUAGCCAAACCUGGCAAAUAAUAGAGACUACGCACAUUACGCAUGAGGCUGCAUAACAUGGGCAUACUAUGGAUUGAGCUUUCGUCUGAGAAAAAGUACGAAGUAUCUUGCCCAGCUCUGGACUCUGGCUCUGCAUAGUCUUUCGUUGAUAAGCAGCUACGUACACGUAGACCUACACCUACUCCGUAUGCCGUACACCUUGAAUACACAGUAA